AUUUUUAACAAAUCUAGGGUAAAACCGAAACCGUCAAUGGAAACACUGCUUGGCAGUGGAAGUUUAACAAAUGGAAUGUCUGUGUAGUAGCAGUGGAUUUACGCUUUUUAUAAUAUAAUUAUAUUGUCUCAAUAUCAUCAAUAUGCAUAAAAGUGAACAUGUGUAAACUAAAUGAAUAAAUAUAUGCACAAAAGUAGACGCGAGCUUACAAUAAUGAAGCAAAACUCACAAGCAAAUAGUGACUGGAAGAGAAAGUGUCUCAAAUAGUAAAUAUAACGGGUCGAUAGAAAUAUGUCUGUCUCUGAAUUAUCUGUAGGAUGUCGAUUCGCGGAUUACUUUGCCAUAUGCGGGCUUGAUUUUGAUUCAGGAUUGGAGCCGGACAGACUUUGCGGAGAUAAUUUACACGUAUCUCCUCUUGAUAGGUCAUAUAAAGGGAAGGUAUUAGCACAUUACCCAGAUAAUAUAACAAGUAACCCCUUUGAUGAACAUGCAAUUUGUAUGUUAUGUUUGCCAGCUGGCCUUCAAUUUAGAACUCAGAAGCAUUCAUUAGAACCCAGGUUCCAUAGUUUUUUAGUUACUAGAGAAAAUGCAUCAAGGUACCAUGGAUUUAGUCUUAUUUUCUAUGAGGAAGUUAGAAACAAAAAUAUAUGCAGCGCAAUGCACACAUUGCAGGCUAUGUACAUCACGGAGUUGUCCAGUGGACAAACGCCUCCAGGAUGCAGAAAAAGUUCCGGCAAAGAAAGCUCCCGAUCUCUUCCAAGAUCAUUUAAACUCACUCCACAUACAGGCGCUGCAUUGACUUACUAUGAUAUUGCCAAAGAUAAACUAUAUGUAGCCAAAAGUAUUGCUCUUAUAUGUCAAUAUCCUUAUGUACGGGUUGCACAGUUGUUCUUAGAAAAUUUAUUUAGAUCAUUGCCAAGACAACCAGGUCCAGGGCUUAGUCCGGAGUCCUACGUGUAUAACUUGUUAUACGAAGUCCCGGUACCGCUGCCUGGACAGGCGCUACGUCUAUACGUGCCGCCGCCAGAACCACACCUCGAUCCGAUACCUGUUGUGAUAAGAAUGCCAAAUCCGCCAGAAGAGUUACCACUGCUUGAUUAUCCGUUACGUGUCAUGUUUUCUUUGUUGGGUGUUGAAUGUGUAGUACAAUUGUUUACUUGUGUAUUGUUAGAGCAUCAAGUCUUGCUGAGGUCAAGUGAUUACAACAAACUGAUGUUGGUGGCGGAGUGCAUCGUGUCGCUGUUGUUGCCGUUCUCGUGGGCGCACGUGUACGUGCCCAUCCUGCCCGCGCCGCUCUACCACUUCCUCGACGCGCCCGUGCCGUUCGUUAUGGGUCUCCAUGCAGACAGUGCUGCAAUGACAAUGGGUCCCAAUGGGCCUAGAAGUAUAGCGUUAGGUUCAGAGGCAGCAUUGUGUUUAGUGGAUAUUGACAAACCUGAUAUUCAACUACCUGAAGAGUUACCCAUAUUCCCACAUCGGACACCGUUCAUUGAAGAACUCAAUCAUAUACUGGAUAAACAUCAGAUUCAAAGACCGGAAACGGAACCGACUAAACUAGGCGUGCCGCUCAACGGGACAUCCUAUAAACAUAUGAAUGACAAUAUGAGCAGUAGCUGCACCCUGCCAUCAGGUGGUCUCCGGCGGAAGCACUCGUUCCACGACGUGCUGGAGUGGGAGGAGAGCCGGCCGCUCAACGCGUCGCCGCCCGCCUCGCCCACGCGCCGCGCGCCGCUGCGCCUCGACGCGCUGCAGAGGAUCGUCGACAUCGUCAAGCGGACCGGUGUAAAUAUAGACGAGGUCGACGCGGAAACAGUAAUGCCAACAACUAAAAAGAAAAUACUCAAUGACGAAGAGCAGUACAACGAAGACAUACGUUUUAACACAAUAAUAAGAGAAACUUUCCUGAACAGAUUUAUUCACAUGUUCCUCAUGUAUGAAAAUUUCGUCAUCAUGCCUGAUCAGGAUCGCGAAUCUUGGCUGACUGCGCGCGAAUCAAUGGUUAAUUUCGAUAAAGCGUCAUUCUUGUCAGACCAACCGCAACGUCAUCGUCCCUUUUUGUCAAGAUUCCUCGAAACGCAAAUGUUCGCGACGCUAAUAGACAACAAGAUCAUGGCCAAUUGGGGCGAGUACGACGCAAACCUGCAAGCGUUCGAACAUCGGAUAAAGUCGAUCAGGCGCCGCGGGGGCGAGGCGCUGGGCGCGCGCGGGUACGCCGUGUGGGCGGGGGGCGCGGCGGGCGGGGGCGCCGCGCCGCGCGCCGAGCUCGAGGUGGGCGCGCCGGGCGAGCGCCUGCCGCACCGCGCCGCCUACUACCGCGCCUUCCCCGCGCGCCUCGACGCGCACGCGCUGCAGGCGCCGCCCGCGCCCGACGCCAGGACAAAUAGUUUGAAGCGCAUAAAAAAUGCGAAGUGGCAAGUAAAAGAUUGUCCCCCCGAACUGCUGCUAGGCGAUAUCAGCCGAAGGUUAUCCACUGAAGUCACGCCAGCCGCGAUUGCCCAGAAUAAUAGGACGUUUGUUGAAAAACUUUUAAAGGAAUGCAAAAGCAAAACAAAAAGGAUGCUACUGGAAAAAAUGGGGACUGAAGAGUCGGACUUGGGACUCGGUAGUGAAGUAUCGAUUACCGGUCUAGAAGAGAGCACUAUGAUCGCCUCCCUGUGCGACCUGCUCGAAAGACUGUGGUCGCACGGCUUGCAACAUAAAAUGGGCAAAUCGGCGCUGUGGAUGCAUCUCACCAAUUACCAAGAACUAGAACAAUGUAGCAAUUCUACAAAACCGAUUGACCCCAAUUAUCUUACUCCUGAUUUGUCAUCUGUGGGCGCAGAGGUAGAAGCUCAACAAAGCGCAAGCACUACCAACAGAUCCCGGGAAAGUUCCCGAGGUGGAUCCCGGGACAGCUCGCGAGAUCGAUUGAGUAAUUCAGGGACUUUAGAGCGUAAAUCUACGCAGCCACCAAACCCAUUGCGACCACUGCCUGAAAGUCUCACAUUUGAUAUGAGGAACGUGCAAGCGAUGACUGAUAUAAAAACCGAAAUAGGAUACGCUCGCGCUUGGGUUCGACUGUCGCUAGAAAAGAAAUUAUUAUCUAAACAUCUGCGGGAAUUACUUGCCGAUACCACUUUAUUGCGAUCUCAGUACAAAAGAACUGCUUUUCUUCGAUGUGAGGAGGAAAGAGAACAGUUUUUAUAUCAUUUGCUGACUUUGAACGCUGUCGAUUACUUAUGUUUCACUAAUACUUAUCCUACCACAAAAUUGCCUUACCGGGUUUUAAUUGUGCCAUCACGUAAAGCAAGUCAGACGACUGCAAAUUGUUGGAUUUCAAUCUCUGGCGCAAACGGGGAGUCUACACCAAAAAUACCCAUACCACGGAAUACUAAUGAAUUUGUUUUUCACCAUAAAAAUUUGGGCAUAUUAUCGACUUUGCGUAUUGGACAUGAUAAUUCCGGUUUAUCACCGCGGUGGCUGCUCGAUCAAGUAUUCAUGAGGAAUGAAGUCACUGGACACACUUACACGUUCCCGUGCAACCGCUGGCUGGGGUCGGGCGUGGACGACGGGUCGACGGAGCGGCUGCUGGUGGCGGCGCGCAUGCGCCACGCGGCGCCGCGCGCGCCCACGCCCGCGCCCGCGCCCGCCGCGCCCGCCGCGCCGCACACGCCCACCACGCACCUCUCCACCUCCACCAUACAGCACAUGAUCGGAGAUUGCGUAAACGCCAUUGUAAAAUGGCACUAUCAAUCGAAGAGGGACAAAGACGCCAAUUCGCUGAGUGUGUUGCUGUGCGGUGAAAAUGGUUUGGUCAAAUGUUUGGAGCAAGCGUUUCUAUGCGGGUUCAAGUCGGCCCGCCUGUUUGGAAAAAAUCUCUUUAUUUGGGACUAUUUUACAAGAGUAAAAGAUGAGUUCAAAAUGAGUCUAUGCGACGAGCCUGCUGCUCAAAAUAACAAAAGUUGCGGCAUGGCGUACAACUGCAGACAGGAUCAAGAACACAGGGCGAUAUGGCGAUGCUAUUGCCAUCUAAUGGACGAAAUUAACACUGUGGGUCGCUCUCUCGGCAAAGACGGAAAGUUUCAAUUAUUUAUUUGCCUCAGUUUACGCGAACAUUGGCUGCAUCGGAUGUUAGUCCCAAUGUCGAUGACUCGAGUUACCGCCGAAAUGUAUGAAGAACAGAGUUUUCUUCGCAAACGUGGUCUGCUCACCUUCCUCAGGCAAAUUUUGGAGCCACUGGAUGAGUUCGACAUCGUUCUGGAAAAUUCACUCACACAAGGCAUUUAAAUUAUUAUUUUUAGACGUCUACAUGAAGGAUUGUUUUUCAAACAUCUAAGACGUAAGACCGCCAUACAUUUGAUGCUAUUAAUUUAGAUUAGAAUCUCUAGUACACGUGUCAAAUCUGAAGUUCUUAAAACCCAAUAACUCCAAAUCACAUGUCAGAUCGAAACCCCGGGUCGUAUGAAUAAUUAUUUUAACAUAAAAUGUAUAAGACUGUGUCAAAUAGUCUAUUUUGUUCAUGUUUUGAGAGUAACAAUGCAAUUAUCAUUACUGAAAAUUGAGUUUGGAAUCAGUUCGCAAAUGUACAAUGACCUUCCGAUCUGACGAUGAAGACCAUUCUAACGACCAUGAUGAGGUUUAUGGGCUUCUACUCUUGGGAUUUAUUUAAUUCAACGAGUUAUGUCAGUCGCACAAAUUAUUACGCACACACGAUAGUUUCUUCUUAUCUGGAGAGUAACAGGUUAAUAAUAUUAGUAAAGAUAUAUUUUCGGGAAUUUGUAAAUAUUUCAGUUUAUUCUUGGUAAUUUUACAGAAAGUGAAAUAUGUUUACAUUUGGAAAAGUUGAAUCUGACAAUGUCGUUAUUAUAAAACGUCAAACUUUGUGAUAUAAUAUAGAACUUACACAGUAGAUUUAUUAUUUUAAUGCAUAACAACAGACGCAUGUGUUCUUGUAACGACGCAAGUUAAUGUCGCACACUUGCUUUGUUUCUUCUCGAAGUAAGAUCUCUAUAUUCUACGGUGUAGUAUAGAUUGCGUACAAUAUAAAUAUUGAAAUAAAGGCUCCGGCAAAAGAACUUCACAAUAAAAUUCAAAUAGUUCUUUUGUUCUCUUUAUUUCUUGCAUAUUUAAAAUAAAACAAAUGUUUUGAACGAUGAACCUAUAAACAAUGUUAAAGAACUUCAAAGCGAACUAAUCCAUACCUAUUUGCCCACAGCAGCAGGGUAUUUUACUAUGAUUGAAAGUGUUUCUUUAAAUUCAUACUAUUACUUCUUGACAUUGGCAUAAAUCCUUAAAGGAGUAACUUUUUCGGUCCCUAUUCUGAAUGUUGUUGAUGCUGAUGAAGGGCACAGUGCGUGCGUGUUUGUUUCGUUUAGUUAUUUACAUAAAUUAGAUUGUAAUAAAAAUUACCAUGUAUAUGAAUCUAUGCCAAAAACGUUUUUUUUAUAACUAUUAUAAUUGGAUGUUUAUUACUUUGUACAUUAUUAUAUAUUAUUCUAUCUCGAAAUCGUAUUAUCUUGGCUGACAACAUGUAAUCAAUACAUAGUUGUUACUUUAAAAAACUAUAAAAUUACUUUGAUCUCCAUAUAAUAAUCUCAACUGCUCUUUAAGCGACACCUGGUGAAUUUUUGCCCUUAUUGUGCUACCGUCAUUUUUGGGGGUAUAAGUAUUUCUUACACGUCGUGUAGGUCGGAAUCCCUAUUUUUGUAUUCUAAGAAAUUUAUCAAUAUUCUAUAUAAUAGUAUUAGCUAACUGUGAUAUUAAAAAAAGAUUUUAUUUAGACGUGACACACGCUUGGUUUCAUAAAAAAAAGUACCUAAACAA